AUGGCAUCAACACUCGGCCUCCUCAAAGCGUUGCUCAGAAAGCCAGGCGCCAUCACCACCAAAUUUGAAGUUAAACAGCUCCUGAAAGUACUUCUCAAACGGCCGGGGACGAUCACCUCCAAAUCCGAAGCCAAGCAGCUCCACGCCCAAAUUCUCAAGCACAACCCGUCCUCACCUCUUUACACAUCCACAAUCAUCUGCGUAUACUCCAACUUCAAGCUCCUGAACCAAUCCUUGCUCCUGUUUAGAAGCCUACACCGUCCGUCUUCUCUCUCCUACAAAUCCAUCAUAAAAUGCUACGCCGUGAAUGGAUGCUUUGUUGAAUCGUUGGCCUCUUUUGUGGACAUGAAAUGA